AUGGGCGGCAACCACCCUGGCUUUGCGUCGACCACGUCCAACGCCACGAAUCUCGACAUGGCAGACUUCCCGGCACUGGUAUCGCAAGUUGCGCCCCACUCGUCGGUGAGCUCGGGCGCUGCGCCGAGCAACAGUCUUUUUUCGUCGUAUGCGAGCCAGGCAGGGACGGGCGUGUCCAACUCGUCGCUCGGCUCGGGGAUGAUGGGCAUGUUAUCGCGCGCCGCGCCGUUCACCCACGACGAGUUUCCUGCACUGAACCGUGGCCAUGCGACGGAGCGCAGCGCCGCGGCCGCGGCACACGGCGCUUCGGGCAAUGUGCACCCGAUGGAUCACCCGGCGCCUGCGGCCUGGCAGCAGGAGCAGCAGCAGCAACGGCAAAACCUGGCGCAGGACCUGGCACGGAAACACAACCUGCAUGCGCCGCAAUCGCCGAGCACGGUGAAUGCGCCGCCUUCGGCACAGUCCGCGUGGAUGCAGUCGUAUGGCGCGCAGCCGCCGCCGGACGCUUUGAGCCGGAUAGGCCUUACCCGUCCGAGCGCGGAAAGUGCGAUACGCGUGGACGGCCACGCGGAUGCCGACGCGCAGGCGCUCGAGCACGAUGCACCGGGGCACGCCGCGUACGUGGCGAACCGUGAGGUGGCCAACAUGCCCAUCCACCAAGUCCUCUCUUCGCCUGCCGACCGGUUCGGCCUUGUGGGCCUCGUGAGCCUGAUCAAAACGCAGGAUCCCGAUAUGUCGAUGCUGACGAUGGGCAACAACCUGCAGACGCUCGGCAUGAACCUCGACUCGCUCGACGCGCUCUCGUCGUCGUUUGUUACCCCCUGGUCGCAAGAUCCUGCGCUGGCUUCGCUACAGGUAGAGCCUGCGUACCAGCUGCCGAGCUGCUACAAUGUCCAGCCGCCGCCGCCAGCGCAGACCAAGAUUGCGAGCUUCAGUGACGAGACGCUCUUUUUUAUCUUUUACUCGACGCCCCGCGAUGUACUGCAAGAAGCUGCGGCGCAGGAACUUUAUGCGCGAAACUGGCGCUACCACAAGGGCCUGCACCUCUGGCUGACCAAGGAGCAAAAUACGGAGCCGCUGCAAAAGACGCCGACGUACGAGCGCGGAACCUAUGUCUUCUUCGACCCAGGCUCUUGGGAGAAGGUCUCGAAAAACUUCGUUCUCAUGUACGAAAUGCUCGAGGAGAAGCCGUCUGCCCAGUCGAUCCUUUCCGGACACCCUGCGACCCCUUCGCAACAUCCUGCGGCGGGGGGCAAGGCGGCCUCGAUGCCGGCGGCAGCAGCUGCAGCACGGGGCGCAACACAGUCCUCGACUGCGCAGUCGUCGCCUCAGACGUCGUUUGCGUAG